AUGGAUGAGAAUCAAAGCUUUACCCAGAGCAAUGAGACGGCUGCAGGAGGCUCGGCGGGAGAUGGGCAGUACCAGAUCAGCACUGACAGCUUCAUUGUCCUCUUCAUCUUCAGCCUGAUCUUCUGCCUCGGGGUGCUGGGCAACUCGCUGGUCAUCACAGUGCUGGCUCGGAGCAAACCGGGCAAAGCCCUCAGCACCACCAACAUCUUCAUCCUCAACCUGAGCAUCGCUGACCUCUCCUACCUGCUCUUCUGUAUCCCCUUCCAGGCCACCUACUACAUCCUGCCGAGCUGGAUCUUCGGCGGCUUCCUCUGCAAGUUCGUCCACUACUUCUUCACGGUGUCGGUGCUGGUCAGCAUCUUCACCCUGUCGGCCAUGGCUGUGGACCGCUACAUCGCCAUCGUCCACUCCAGGAAGUCCUCCUGCAUUCGGGUCUCCCGCAACGCCGUCAUCAGCAUGGUCUGCAUCUGGCUCCUGUCCCUGGCCUUGGCCUCGCCGACGGCUUAUUACCACAUGCUGGUUCGCAAGAAGGCCCAGGGUCCCUUCUGCUGGGAGAACUGGGAAGUCCUCACCCACAGGCAGAUCUACAAAGUGGCCACUUUCGUGGUAGGCUACUUGCUGCCCCUGCUUCUCAUCUGCUACUGUUACGCCAAGGUGCUGAAUCACUUACACAAAAAGUUACGCAAUAUGUCGAAGAAAUCAGAAACAUCUAAAAAGAAGACUGCCCAGACAGUGCUGGUCGUGAUUGUUGUCUUCUGCAUUUCCUGGCUGCCGAAUCACGUGAUCAACCUGUGGACCGAGUUUGGUAGCUUCCCGCUCACCGACGCCUCCUUUGCCUUCAGGAUAGCCGCGCACUGCCUGGCCUACAGCAACUCCUCCGUCAACCCCAUCAUUUACGCCUUCCUGUCGGAAAAUUUCCGCAAGACCUACCAGCAAGUGUUCAACUGCAAAGUCCACACCACCUCACCUCCGAACGACGCCAAGGAAUAUCAAACGCGGUCCGACGUUGUGCCAUCCACUAGCUGCACCAACGUGUGAGCGGUAAAACCGGGUGCGGCGCAGCCAGUGAGAUGUGACUCAGCCUGGAAGAUGAUGGGAAUUAGUUAACAAUCUCACUGUCUCGAAUAUUAGAAUGUUGUUUUGCUGGAGAUAAAUGAAAAUAUCAAUGUUUAAAUACAUGUUGUUGUUUAUAAUGCACAAGUGUUUUAUGUUGUGCGUGCCUGCAUUAGUGUGAGUAUUCUACUUGUCAAGCUAACUGUGCCAGUGUUUUCAAUGCUUCAGAUGGUAAUGCGACCUUUUAUCAUUCCGAGUU